UGUUUUGUUUUUUGUUUUUAAUAGAUGAUGACAGAUGAGCUGGAAGCAGGAGGAAAAAUAUAUCUAGUGUAUCCAGUCAUUGAGCAAUCUGAGCAACUGCCUCAGCUUCGUGCUGCUUCAGCUGAUCUUGAAACUAUAUCUAAGAGGUUUGAAGCUUACAGCUGUGGGUUACUACAUGGAAAAAUGAGGAGCGAUGAGAAAGAUGAUGCAUUAAGACGAUUUAGAUCAGGAGAAAUAUGUGUACUGCUCUCUACUCAAGUAAUUGAGAUUGGUGUUGAUGUUCCGGAUGCAUCCAUGAUGGUUGUUAUGAAUGCUGAGAGAUUCGGAAUAGCUCAGUUACACCAACUUAGAGGACGAGUUGGGCGCGGAGUAAGGAAGUCUAAGUGUGUUUUGUUAGCAUCCAUGGCCAGUAGCAUAAACCGGUUGAAGGUGCUGGAGAAAUCAUCUGAUGGUUUUUAUUUAGCAAACAUGGAUCUUCUUCUACGUGGACCUGGUGACUUGCUCGGUAAGAAGCAGUCGGGACACCUUCCAGAGUUUCCUAUUGCCAGAUUAGAGAUAGAUGGAAAUAUUCUACAAGAAGCACAUCAUGCUGCAUUGAGAAUUCUAGGUUCAUCUCAUGAUUUGGAGAAAUUCCCAGAACUCAAAGCAGAGCUUAGCAUGCGACAGCCACUGUGCCUGUUAGGUGAUUGAGACGGUAUUUGUCAGGCCCCAUACUUUUGAACCUCAAAUGUCCGUCCAGUUCCUGUGGCUGUGAUUUCAUCUCAAAAUGUUUCCGGGAGCUCUGUAGUAUGUAACCUUUGAGCUUCAUUCUCCUCUCCGACUUGUACAGCUACUUUGGAAGAUAACAUUGUUGUAUUUAUUUUGUGAAAAAUCAAUUGAAUAAAAGGUGUACAAAAACUGUAAUGCACUGUAAAUCGAAAAACAUGUGGACUGACAUAUGUUCAUCUAGUGGUCAAACAAAAGAUGGCCAAAACUGAGGAUAAUUUUACUUGUUUUUCCUCAUUUUCUUUUUCUACGUUUUCCCUUUCUUUGUUCUUGUGCAAAUUCAGGAUCCAAACAAAAUAUAACAGUUUUGAAUGCAUUGUCUGUUUCAA